AUGUUUCUUCUUUCUUUCUUCCUUUUUUUCUCACUUUCUUUUCUUUCUUUCUUUCUUUCUUUCCACAGACUUGCUAUUUUAGUCUGUAAUUAUUUUUCUAUUAAAUCACAUCUAUCUAUCUAUCUAUCUAUCUAUCUAUCUAUCUAUCUAUCUAUCUAUCUAUCUAUCUAUCUAUCUAUCUGUCAUUUAAGGCCCAAAUACUUACAUUAUCUAAUUCAUACCUUAUUUCAUAUCACUGUAAUUAAUUUUAUUGUUAUCUAUCUAUCUAUCUAUCUAUCUAUCUAUCUAUCUAUCUAUCUAUCUAUCUAUCUAUCUAUCUAUCUCAUUAUAUUGUUUACCUCAAUAUGUUUAAAAAUGUACCUUAAUUCAUAUCACUGUAAUUUGUUUUAUCUAUCUAUCUAUCUAUCUAUCUAUCUAUCUAUCUAUCUAUCUAUCUAUCUAUCUAUCUCUCUCUCUCUCUCUCUCAGUCUGAUCAUUAUCUAUCUAUCUAUCUAUCUAUCUAUCUAUCUAUCUAUCUAUCUAUCUAUCUAUCUAUCUAUCUCACUCUAUUAUUUACCUCAAUAUGUAUAUCAAAUUACCUUAUUUCAUAUCAAUGUAAUUAAAUUUAUACUUAUCUAUCUAUCUAUCUAUCUAUCUAUCUAUCUAUCUAUCUAUCUAUCUAUCUAUCUAUCUGGAACAAACAGUGAUAUAACAUUUCUUUCUUUCUUUCUUUCUUUCUUUCUUUCUUUCUUUCUUUGGGCAUCAUCUUUCUUUGUGCCUUUUUCAUUCGUUCUCUUUCUUUCCUGCUUUCUUUCACCUUUUGUUCCGCUCAUUUUAAAUUUUCACUUCUUUCACCGUCUUCUCCUUUUCUUUCUUUCUUUCUUUCUUUCUUUCUUUCUUUCUUUCGUUUGUUGUUUCUUUCUUUAUUUCAUUCACUUCUUUUGUCUUUCUCCUUUCAUUUCUUUCGUUCCUUUUCUUUCUUUUUUUCUUUCUUUCUUUCAUUCUUUCUUUCUUUCUUUCACUAUAUUUUGUUUUCCUUUUAGUCUCUUUCUUUGUUUCUUGUUUUUCCAGCAACACGCCAUUUGCUUCCGCCAUUUUGUCUGUCCGGCUAUUUCUUCCUUCAUAUUUUUCUCUUUAUUCCCCAUCCAUUUAUUUUUUUUCUUUUACGCUUUCUUCAAAUCUUUCUCACUUACUUUUUUUGGAAGAGUUAAUUUCUUUCAUUUUUUAUUUAUUUAUUAUCAUUCAUUCUUCUUUCUCAAUUUCAAAUCAUUCUUUUCUGUUUCUUUCCGUUUCUUUUGUCUUUCUCCUUUCAUUUCUUUCGUUUCGUUUCGUUUCUUUCUUUCUUCUUUCAUUUCUUUCGUUUCUUUCGUUUCUUUCUUUCUUUCUUUCUUUCUUUCUUUCUUUCUUUUGUUAUUAACAGUCUUUUGUCUUUCUUCUUUCAUUUCUUUCUUUUCGUUUCUUUUUUCUUUCUUUCUUUCAUUCUUUCUUUCUCUCUCUCUUUCUUUCUUUCUUUCUUUUUCUUUUGUCUUUCUUCUUUUAUUUCUUUCGUUUCGUUCCUUUUUUCUUUCUUUCGUACAUUCUUUUUUCUUUCUUUCUUUCUUUCUAAUGUUACUAUUAGUCCUUGACUUUCAGAUUUCGUUUCUUUCUUUUGUUAAUAUCAGUCUUUUAUAUUUCAGCUUCCGUUUCGUUUCUUUGUUUCUUUCUUUUAAUACCGUUUAG